UCUGGGAAUUAUUGCGCCAUUUUCUCACGUACGAGUGGCUGACAGCCUAAGAUUAUGAUUUGAUUAACCCUUUGCUCGGGCUCAGGCACAAUUUUUUUGGAUAAUUAGUGAAACCAAUAAGAUGGGAUUGAUAUAUCCCAUUGAUUGAAAUAAAAUAAAGUAUUAAAAAAUUAUAAUAAUCGGACACUUUUGCCGAUGAUAGUAUAUGCAUUUUUUGUGGAUGAAUUACUCUAUUCAUCCUGACCAAGACAAAUGUUGUUCCUGGUGGACUCUGCUUUUCUAUUCUGCUGUUUGGGUUUAGGUCUGUGAGCCUGGGGUGGAUUGGGCUGUUGUUUGUCCUUUUAUAUUUGUAAAAACAAUUUAAUAAAUUCAAUGGUUUCAUCAUCAAAAAGCAAAGCCUGGAGGCGCUAGACACCUGUGAAUGUGAUGCCAUGCCGUGAUUUCAAAUUUGCCGAUCGUGAAAACAAUACCUUUUUCCUAAAAUUUAUCUUUUUACGAUAAUAAAAUAGCUAAAGCGUUCGUAUAAUAUAUAAUUUUAAAGCUGCAAUUUAAUGAAAAGAAGGCUAUUUACAAUUUCUUAUAAUUUUGCACAUCAUGCUUAAGGCCCUAUAUGGAAUUUAAAAUGUUAUAGCAAUUUCUCUCAUUUUCAUUGUCGCAGGAACUAUCAAAUCGCAAAAAUUCCUUUUUAACUUGGACUCUCUGUAUUUUUGUCUUGAGGAGGUCCUCAUUGAGUUCCAUUGUCGUCGCCUAAAUUUUCUGUAUUUUAUUUUAAUACCUAAAUUUUUCCGUCGUUUAAUUCACCGUCUCCACUCUCCAACGCCAAACCCUAGUUUUAAUUGACUUAUAUAUAUAUCUCUGAAUGCUUUUCUUUGUCUAUCGGUAGUUUUUGUUAUCAAAGAAUAUUUCUUCAAUCAUUUUGUUUAAAUCUUCUCUUUCACUUUUCCCUCCUCCUGGUGUGGUCUCGGAGGGGUCAAGUUUUGAAGAUGGAUAUCGAGCAAAAUCAAGCUGAGUUAAUUGAUAACUUCGUAAAGCAAGCGUCGGCUCAGAAGGGAACCGCCCUUGGUUCUGUAAUCCUCGAAGCGACGUCACAUCCUUCCCUCUUUGCCUUCUCCGAGAUUCUUGCCGUGCCCACCGUCGCUGAGCUUGAAGGAACUGAAAACUCGGUGUACCUCAAGGUGCUUCAGUUGUUUGCCCAUGGCACAUGGAGUGAUUACAGGAGCAACUGUUCCAGUCUUCCUCAAUUGGUCCCUGAUCAAGUUCUCAAGCUAAAGCAACUCACUGUCCUUACACUAGCUGAGACAAACAAGGUACUACCAUAUGAUGAACUAAUGAUGGAGUUAGAUGUCAUGAAUGUCCGUGAACUGGAAGAUUUUCUUAUCAAUGAGUGCAUGUAUGCGGGUAUAGUAAGAGGAAAGCUGGAUCAGCUGCGAAGAUGUUUUGAGUUUUUGUUAUGGAAGAUCCAAUUUGCUGCUGGGAGGGAUUUGAGGCCAGGACAACUUGGGAGUAUGAUACAAACACUAUCAAACUGGUUGGGCACAUCAGACAAUUUACUGGUCUCAAUUCAAGAGAAGAUAAAAUGGGCUGAUACUAUGAGUGAGUUGGACAAAAAACAUCGAAAGGAGGUUGAAGAUAGGGUAGAAGAAGUAAAAAAGUCCGUAUCCGUCAAGUUACAAACUGUAAGCAGGCCGAAGUUGAGUUCCGAGGGCUCGAGGAUAUCUACUCUGAACCUGGUGGAGUGAUGGACUAUGAAGAGGACCGAAGCCGACCAAAGAGGAGGCGGCAUCCAAGAUCAUGAAGAUAGAGAAUGCAACCGAUGGACCCGAUGUUUAGUUGAGCAGCCAGAUUUUGUUGACAACCUUUCAGCAACAGAUGAUUCUGGUUUUGAGACAGUGAUAAUGCUGCCUGCUUUUGUGAUUGUUGCUUUAAAAUUUGAGAAAUACGAACUUGUGUUGAAACCUUUGUUUAUUCCUUUUUGAGUUGGGAAGGAAGGACUUGAACUGGUGGUGCGGCUAAAGAAUUACACAAGAUUUAAAAUUCAAGUUAUUGUACCUUUUGAUUCUGACCUUCAUACAUACUGCACCAUGAAGAAUCCUUAUGUACAGAUUUAUGUUUCUUUUCGUAAAUCUAAUAUUUAGUUCAUAUAGCUUUUUGAAUUACUCAAAAA